GAAAAGACAGAGGGACCGUGCUGGAGCUUAUCGCAGGAAACACACUACCAAAUUCCCCACAGAUUUGUUCGGACGAGUGUCCAUGUAGUCAGCUGUUAUAUGAACUCCUGGGCAGUUGAGGGGAUGUGGGAUUCCUAUCUGUGACCCAAAGGCACAUGCUGACCAACCAGGGGGCUGAUGGGAAAGCUUUACCUGCUUCAACGCCCACGGGCUCCACUGAGAUGUCCCCAGGAGGAGUGAAAUGUGGAUGACAGCGUGAGCUGGGGAAUUCAACGUUUGGGCCAAGAUAUCCUCACACUGAGCCAAAAAGAAAUCUGUUCGAGUUUACACAAAAAAACAUACACUCACAUACUCGCUCCCAAUCAGCCAUCACCAUGCUGAUGCCAGGACCACUGUGGGUGUGUCUGGCACUGAUAUGGGUUGGAAGCUGCAGUUCCCACAGCCUGUUUACCUGUGAGCCGAUUAAGGUGCAUCGGUGCUUGGGGAUGUCCUACAACAUGACCUUCUUUCCCAACAUGAUGGAGCACUAUGAUCAGGAUAUUGCAACCAGUAAUAUGGAGCCAUUCAUGCCCCUGGCAAACCUGCGCUGCUCUCCAGACGUCCACCACUUCCUUUGCCAAGCCUUUAUCCCAGCAUGCAGUGAGGAGGAUAAGGUGAUCCGUCCGUGCCGAGAGCAGUGUGAGACUGUUCUGUCCGACUGCGAAGAGAAUAUUCGAAUCUUUGGCAUCACCUGGCCCCCUGAGCUACAGUGUGACAAAUUGGACCCAUGUAGCUCCCCUGAUGGUUCAGUGCUUCCUGCAACCACGCCAGCGAUCUCCUCCUCAGCAAAGAGGGACCUGGGCUUCUGGUGCCCUCUGCAGUUAAAGACCAAGCCUGGCCAUGGAUCAUCAUUCCUGGGCGCCCAGGAUUGCGCUCCGCCUUGCUCCAACAUGUACUUCAAACCCCAUGACAUUGACUUUGCCAAGAGCUUCAUUGGUGUGUGCUCUAUCAUCUGCCUGGGCGCCACACUCUUCACUUUCCUCACUUUCCUCAUCGAUGUCAAACGUUUCCGCUACCCUGAGCGCCCCAUCAUCUUCUACGCCGUCUGUUACAGCUUUGUCUCGCUCAUAUAUUUCAUCGGGUUCCUGCUGGGGAACAAUGCAGCCUGUACCAAGGCGACACAUCCUGCAGGUGUUGAUACAGUCGUGCUCGGCUCUCAAAGCAAAGGGUGCACUUUGCUUUUCAUGCUCCUCUACUUCUUCUCCAUCGCCGGUAUUGUCUGGUGGGUCAUACUCACCAUCACCUGGUUCUUGGCAGCUGGACCCAAAUGGAGCUGUGAGGCGAUAGAGAAGAAAGCGGUGUGGUUCCACUCUGCUGCUUGGGGGAUCCCGGGGACGCUCACUGUCAUGCUGCUUGCUCUGAACAAGGUUGAAGGGGACAACAUCAGUGGGGUUUGUUUCGUGGGACUCUAUGACCUGGACGCCCUGCGCUACUUUGUUCUGGCUCCGCUGUGUGUGGGCGUCAUAGUCGGCCUCUUCCUCAUCCUGGCAGGCAUCGUUUCUCUCAACCAUGUCCGGCAGGUCAUUCAACACGACGAGCGUAACCAGGAGAAGCUGAAGAAAUUCAUGAUCCGCAUCGGUGUGUUCAGCUGCCUCUACCUGGUCCCGCUGGUCACCUUGUUAGCCUGCUACACCUACGAACAGAGCCACCGCAGCACCUGGGAGAAUACCUGGAUCAACGACCGCUGUCAGGAGUACAGCAUCCCCUGUUCCUACAAGACAACGGAGCACGACCGUCCUGACCUCUCUCUGUUUUUGGUGAAAUACUUGAUGACACUGGUGGUUGGAAUAUCGGCAGUGUUUUGGGUCAGCAGCAAGAAAACAUGCUCUGAGUGGGCUUACUUCUUCAACAGGACCCGCAAGAGAGAUCCCAUCAGCGAGAGCCGCCGGGUGCUCCAGGAGUCCUGUGAGUUCUUCCUCAAGCACAACAGCCGCGUCCAGCACAAGAAAAAGCACUACAAGCCCAGCUCCCACAAGCUGAAGGUCAUCUCCAAGUCCAUGGGCACGAGCACAGGCGCUGCUCCCACCAAUCCCUCCACAGCAGCCAAUACCAACAGUCAAGGAACCUCUGCAGUGGGCAAUCACGAGCCCCAUGUGCAAGGUUCUCUGUCCGAGACCUCAGCCAGGGAGCACAUGGACAGGGGCACCUCCAGCCGAAGCUCCAGGAGGGGGGAGAGGGACAGAGAGAGGGAGCGGGAGGGGGGAGAGAGACGCAGCAAAGGUGGAAGCUCCAGUAAGGUCAGCAGCCGUUCAGAGAGCAUGCACAGGGUCCCAGAUGGCAGGAUGACCCCGAGGAGCGAGCUGUCAGAGGCCAGGCAGGUUCCCAGUGGACAGCAGCAUCCAGCUUUAAACCUAUCACACAGCAGCAGCUUCAUCCAAGACUCCACCCACCAGCUGGUGCACCAGGUGCAUGAGGAGAGCAAGGACACAAAGGACAGCAGCUGCUGAGACAUCUGACCCUGAAGUUUAUCUGUUGUUCCAUCCAUCCAUCCAUCCAUCCAUCCAUCCAUCCAUCCAUCCAUCCAUCCAUCCAUCCAUCUAUCCACCCAUCCAUCCAUGAUACCACUGAGAAAACAGUCACUUGAUGAUGGUUGAUGUAACCAUUUAUUUGUCUUGUCAUACAUCAUGUAAGAUCCAUACAUCAGAUUAUGAUUGUAUUGGUUGCUUUAUGGUCAGUGAAUGUCCGUUGCCAACAAAAUGUAACAAACCUUGAGUAUUUCAAAUGUGAUAUGUUGGACCAGAAUCUGAGUGUAAGUGUAAAGGCGUUAGAUGAUUUAGUUUGGGUGACAGCUUUGUUUUUCAGCUUUACUGAACUUUUAGCCGUACACCUGAAUGUUGCAGAGCAGUGCAGCUCUAUCCCAACUAUACAACUGCCAGUUAAAUUUUAUAGCAUGCAUAAAGUCUGCUGUUGUGUAGAUUGGUAAUUCAGAGGUAUUAAAUGCAUACUAGUGAACAAAAGCAAUAUUAAUGUAAAUAUUCUGUUUUUUAGAAAGUCUUUCACUGGACGAGUCGCUACACUGAGAGUUGUGUUAGAAAGGUCAUGAUAUUGCCAAACAUUCAACAUCUUCCUGUGUUUUUUGAAUGUCUUAUUGUUCUUGCUGGAAAGAUGGUUUGUCUUAAAACCUCAUUUUGUAAUACACACUGUGCUACUUUUUUUCUCCUUUGAAAAAAGGCAUACUCUUAAACUUGAUAUAGUUGAUUUUUUUAG